AUGGAUGUCGUAGGAUUGACCUGGGAGCAGUUUGAGACGCUGUUCAAUGACCAGUAUUUUCCUCAGAGUUACAGGGAAGAAAAAGCACUGGAAUUCAUGUCGCUGCAGCAAGGUGACAUGUCGGUGAGGCAAUAUGAGGCUAAGUUUAAUGACCUAUCCCGGUUUGCACCAUCUCUAGUGGAGUCUGAACACAUGAGAUGUCUUAAGUUUGAGAGGGGCCUCAAGAACUCUGUGAGGAGAUCCUUGGUGGCUCUAAGACUUCAGAACUUCCAGGAUUUGGUAGCUGCUGCUAUAAGGGUGGAACAGGAUAACUUGGCCUAUCGCCAAAGCAAAGAAGAAGAGGCGGGUCGAGUCUCUGUCUCUGGUAGACCUUAUGUUUUAGGUGGACCACAGCGGAGUGGUAGAAGAAACCGCAACCAGGGACAGAUGGUUGGGGAAAUGGCAAGCGGUGGCAGUAGUUCGUAUGAGAGUGACAGAAAUGCUCCAUACGGGCCCAGGUGUCACCAUUGUGGGCAGAUUGACUUGAGGUCCGGGUACCACCAAUUGAAAAUCAGGGAAGAGGAUAUUCCGAAGACUGCUUUUCAGACUCGAUACGGACACUUCGAGUUCCUGGUGAUGCCAUUUAGGUUGACAAAUGCCCCUGCUGCAUUCAUGGAUUUGAUGAACCGUGUUUUUCGACCGUACUUGGAUCGGUUCAUCAUUGUGUUCAUUGAUGACAUCUUGGUGUAUCGAAGACUUGGGGAAGAACAUGCGCAACAUUUGAGGAUUGACUUCUCGAGCAUCGCUGCACCGAUGACUCGGUUGACGAGGAAGGAAGUCAGAUUCGAAUGGAACGCCGAAUGUGAAAGUGCUUUUCAGGAAUUGAAG